AGGCGGAGAAAGGACUUAUUCAACAACAUUCUUCACACAGUCCGCAUGACAUCACCGCGCCGAACGUUCGCUGUGUACUUUAUAAUAGUUUAAAAUUCGGCGUUUCUUUUUUAAAAACCUGCCACUUGUUCCGGACCAACGGGGCGGUGUAAUCUGAGCGCGCCGAGGUAAAGUCGGGCUCCAGCUGGUUCGUUAGCUAUCUUAUUUUAGCCAGCGGCUAGCAGUAGAUUUACGGCUUAUAUACAUCCGCCACUUCUUUGCUGCAUUGCCAACAUGUUUGGGUUAGUUUACGACAGCGAGAGAGUGGCCGCUGAAUAAUUGAUCCCGAUUUGUGUCGUGUUUGGCCCGUUUUCAUUGUCAGUCUUGUUCGACGAGUGCGUCGAAUUUAGCUGCGCUGCUAUAUAUAUAUAUAUAUAUUUAUAAAACACAACAACAAAGCCAGCUGUCGAUUAAAGCUACCCUCAGGGAGCCAAGUGUCGAGUAUGGCGCAGCACGAUUGCUCUCAUGUCGCCAGCUCACAGAAAGCUCUCAUGCUGGAAAUGAAAAGUCUUCAGGAAGAACCCGUCGAGGGCUUUAAAAUAACACUGGUGGACGAGGCUGAUAUGUACAACUGGGAAGUGGCCAUUUUUGGACCCCCCAACACUCACUACGAGGGCGGCUAUUUUAAGGCUCGGAUCAAGUUCCCUAUGGACUACCCUUAUUCCCCACCUUCCUUCAGGUUCCUCACCAAGAUGUGGCAUCCCAACAUAUAUGAGAAUGGAGACGUGUGUAUUUCCAUAUUGCACCCUCCAGUGGACGACCCGCAAAGUGGAGAACUACCAUCAGAGAGAUGGAAUCCCACCCAGAAUGUCCGAACUAUCUUGCUGAGCGUAAUCUCGCUGCUGAACGAGCCAAACACCUUCUCUCCUGCCAACGUGGACGCCUCCGUCAUGUACCGGAAAUGGAGGGACAGCAAGGGCAAAGACCGUGAAUACGUGGAGAUCAUCAGGAAACAAGUCGUGGCCACCAAAGCCGAGGCGGAGCGCGACGGCGUGAAGGUGCCCACCACGCUGGCGGAGUACUGCGUCCGCACACGCGCCCCGCCUCCCGACGAGGGCUCCGACCUCUUCUAUGACUAUUAUUACGAUGACGACGAUGUGGAGGACGGCGACGGCGACUGCUGCUACGACGAAGACGACUCGGGCAACGAGGAGUCAUGACAUGCCUUUUUUUUUUUCUUCCUUUCUCCCCUCAGCUCGACCAAUCUUUGCCGACACGCGCGACGUCCCUUCUUUUGCUGCCCGGGUCAUCGGCAAGUGAGAAAUCUUCGACGGCUCCCGUUUUGUAAACCAAUGAAAAUGAGCUAAUUUGACCUCAGCUUGUGCGCUCUUUGUUAAAGCUAAAAUUGAUGGGCUGCUGAUGUCACACGUUCAGUCCAGUUUUUUCCAUUUUCUCCUGGAACCAGAGGGACUUAAACGUCAUGUCGCUUCUAAUGUCAAAGGUCGUGCGGGGUUGACGCCACUUUUGCACUGAUGCAAACCCUUACAAACUAUUUCUUCCAUUGUAACUUUCCCCUUCCUGGUUGUGGGUUUUGCUCGGCGACUUCCUGGUGAAGUGGACUAAAACAAUACACGGAUCGGGACUUUCCCCCCAGGCGUCGUAGUCUGCAUGCCAGAACACCUUGAAUUCUUUUUCUUUCGUCUGUUUGGAAGCUAAAUUGGGUCUGGUCGUACAAAAAGAGGGCCGAACGCUCAUAAACUGGCUGGGUCAAGCUGUCUAACGAUUUGUAUUAUCCCGAAAGUAUUGCUGUGUCUCCUGGUUACUUCUUGUCAUUUUAAUGGUGGAAUUAAUAUUUACAUUAAGAAUGUGUGGGGAUAAUCCAUCUGGGAGGAGGGUGUAAGCGUUUGCUGAUCACAAUAGUUUUUACUCAGGUUAAAAGCCUGACUAAACUUAACGUUUUUUGUUUUUUUAUGCCCCCCCCGAAAAGUAUUUUUGUCUUUCCAUUUCUGCUUAGUCUUUUUCUUGUGGUUAGACUUGAUGCUUGCAGCCUUGCUUGAGAAUGUUUUUUUUGUGAGAUUUUUUUUUUUUAGGUUUGGCAUCUUAACAGCCUGUGUAGAAAAGAUGAUGUUGCAGUGUCAGUCAGAAUUAUAAUGGAAGUCUGGACGUGGGAAAAAUAACAACGCCACUCUAUUUUUAUUUUACUGUUUGUGUUAGUGGUAAGCUUACGUAUUUUUGAUAUAUUUUUUAGUGUUUCUUUGUGUCUUAUUUUUUUCAUCGCCAUCGUUGAUUUAUUCCAUCUGCUCAAUUGGAUUUCACACUGAAUUUCUCAGGAUUAUUCAAUUUGCAUUCGACUUAGUGGAUCUUUCUCAGAGUUACCCCCCGACUGAUGCACAUGUAGCUGUGUGGAUGGUGAUCACCUGUUUAUUUUUAUUUUUUAUUUUUUUUUGGCUAUUUAAAAAUGGGGAAUAAAGAUUUAUUGGAACAAAA